AAACGAAAAAAGUUCCGAGUGCGAGAGCGACGACGGCGGCCGAAUACGAGCAGCCGCAGCGGCGGUGGCACGCGAGCAGUGGCGACUGACUGGCUGUGGCUCGGCAAUGGCGGGAGCAAGCGUCAUGACAUCGCUCCCAAAUCCACUCCCCACGCCGCCUGCCCACCCAUCUCCCGCGUUCAAUCCCCAACGCCAACGAGAGCGCAGCGUCCCGAGUCCGACCACCACCGCCUCCUCCCUCCGCGCGCUCUUCCUCCGCGCCGUCGACCCGUCGCGCCCCGCGUCCUGGUCCGCGGCCGUCGCAGACCUCCUCUCCUCCGGCGACGCGGUCGCCGCCCUCGCCACGUUCGCCGCCGCCGUCCGCGCCAACCCCGCCGCGCUCCGCCCGGCUCUGCCCCCGGCCCUCCGCGCGGCCGCCGCCGCCAGGUCCCUCGCCGCCGGUCGCCAGCUGCAUCUCCUCGCCCUCCGCUCGGGCCUGUUCCCCUCCGACCCGUAUUCCGCCUCCGCCCUCCUCCACAUGUACCACCACUGUUCCCGUCCCAUGGACGCCCGCAGGGCGUUCGACGAAAUCCCUGACCCCAACCCCGUCAUCGUCACCGCUAUGGCAUCUGGCUACGUACGCAACAAUCUAGUCUACCACUCGCUCGAACUCUUCCGUGCCAUGAUAGCCUCCGAUUCUGCUUCUGUGGUCGACGAGGCUGCCGCUCUGGUGGCGUUCUCUGCUUCCGCCCGUGUCCCUGACCGUGGUGUUACUGCCAGCCUCCACGCGCUUAUUGCAAAGAUUGGCUUCGAAAGGAAUGCUGGGGUGGUAAACACGAUGCUAGACUCGUACGCUAAGGGUGGCAGUCGUGACUUGGAGGUAGCCAGGAAAGUGUUUGAUACAAUGGAAAGGGAUGUGGUGUCCUGGAAUUCGAUGAUUGCUCUGUACGCACAGAAUGGGAUGUCAGCCGAAGCAAUUGGGUUGUAUAGCAAGAUGCUGAAUGUUGGCGGAGGAAUCAAAUGCAACGCUGUGGCAUUGUCGGCUGUGCUACUGGCUUGUGCGCAUGCAGGGGCAAUACAGACAGGAAAGCGCAUUCAUAAUCAGGUGGUAAGGAUGGGUUUGGAGGAAAAUGUCUAUGUUGGUACUUCCAUAGUUGAUAUGUACAGUAAGUGUGGAAGAGUUGAAAUGGCAAGUAGGGCCUUCCGAAAAAUCAAGGAAAAGAACAUCCUUUCAUGGUCUGCCAUGAUUACUGGUUAUGGCAUGCAUGGUCGCGGACAAGAAGCCCUUGAGAUUUUCACCGAGAUGAAAAGAUCAGGUCUAAGGCCUAACUACAUAACGUUUAUCUCAGUUUUAGCCGCUUGCAGUCAUGCUGGUCUUUUGGAUGAGGGCCGAUAUUGGUACAAUGCCAUGAAGCAAGAAUUUGGUAUUGAAGCUGGUGUGGAGCACUACGGUUGCAUGGUGGAUCUCCUUGGUCGUGCUGGUUGUCUUGAUGAAGCUUAUAGUCUCAUUAAAGAAAUGAAGGUCAAACCCGAUGCUGCUAUAUGGGGAGCUCUUCUUAGUGCAUGCCGCAUACACAAAAAUGUUGAGCUUGCAGAAAUGUCUGUAAAAAGAUUGUUUGAAUUGGAUGCAAGCAAUAGUGGAUACUAUGUUCUGUUGUCUAAUAUAUAUGCAGAGGCUAGAAUGUGGAAAGAUGUGGAACGGAUAAGGCUUCUGGUCAAAACAAGAAGAAUAGAAAAGCCUCCUGGGUAUAGCUCUUUUGAGUUGAAAGGUAAAAUCUAUUUGUUUUAUGUUGGCGACAAGAGUCACCCACAGCACAUUGAAAUCUAUUCUUAUUUGGAGAAACUGCUUGAAAGAAUGCAAGAAGCAGGCUAUGUACCAAACACGGGUUCUGUUCUUCAUGAUUUGGAUGAAGAAGAGAAAGAGUCUGCAUUGCGAAUCCAUAGUGAAAAGCUUGCUGUUGCUUUUGCUCUAAUGAAUUCAGUCCCAAGAUCAGUGAUCCAUAUAAUAAAGAAUCUCCGGGUCUGUAGUGAUUGCCAUACAGCAAUGAAGUUCAUUACCAAGAUCACUGAAAGAGAAAUCAUCAUCAGAGAUUUACAGCGCUUCCAUCACUUCAAAGAUGGAUUAUGCUCUUGUCGGGAUUACUGGUGACAAUGUACCAAAGGGCUUAGGUUCUGAUGACAUCUUUGUAGUCAUAAUGUCACGUUUUGAUCUUUAUAGCUAACAUCCCUUUAAGAUAGUGAUGCUGUAAUGUCACUGGAUUAAGGGUAAUGGCAGUGUCUCACUUCAUUGCUUGCUAGAAGCCUAGAACAGCCCGAAACUAUCUGCGCUGGUGUAACUGUAAGUUGGCGAAUUUUUUGGUGCCUUUUCUUUUACUGAAUGAACGUACUACUUGUACCUUCCAAUACAAGAAUGUCAGUCAUGAUAUGACUGAUGCAUCAUAACCGUUAUCCAUUGAACCAUUCAUGAAAAGGAGGAUAAAAUCAUUUUGGAGUACGUGAAUUUUGUUUCCA